AGAACGAUCGUGAUCCUGAAGACCCCUCAUUCAUUCUCUCUCUCUCUCAAAAACCAGUCUGGCGACGAUCCGGAGAUUCCAAUGGCGAAAUCGUCACCGGUGUCUGUGCUGAAAGCAUACUGGUUUCCUCUGAUUCUCUUCGCAUCAUCCAUGUUCUAUCAGAUCCUGAUCCUUCCUCGUUCCUACCCUCCUUCUCACUACGAUGUUUUGGGGAUCAAGAGGUAUAGUUCCUUGGAACAAGUCACUGAAGCCUACGAGAAGUUCUCAUCCAAGUGCUUCUCUGUUGGAUGGCAUGGCAAAUACUGGAAUGGUUGAACUUGGAGAAGUUCAGCUUGCUACUUACCUUGCUGAGAAGACAUUUACAGGGCAACCUUCCUUUCAAAAUGGCUUGCCUUCACUCAUUGCAUUUCCCUCUGGAUGUGACACUGCAAAUUGUCUAAUUAGGUAUAAGGGAGAGCUUUCUGUUGAUGCUGUUACUAAUUGGUUGGCAACCACGAUCCUAAGUUUGCCUCGCAUUCUAUACUACUCAAAGGAUUCAUUGCUACCAAGUUUUGUGGGAAAAAGCGGUCCUCAUAAGGUGAAAGUCAUUUUCUUCUCAGAAACAGGGGAGCGUGCAGCUCCAUUCUUGCGCCAAGCUGCCCUAAAUUAUUGGCCAUGUGCUGCUUUCGCAUUUGUGCCAUGGCGAGAAGAGGAAUCUUCCUUUUGGUGGAAUGUGUACGUGUUUGGAGUGGAAUCUGCACCUGCAAUUUUAUUUUUAAAAGAACAUGGUGUUAAACCUGUUGUGUACCAUGGACCUGCCAACAAUUCAUGGCUUGUAGAUAUAAUGGAACAGAAUAAACAUCAAGAGCUUCCACAAUUGAGAAGUGUGACAUCCAUAGAGCUGGGUUGUGAUGCCCGUGGCUAUUCUCGUGCCGGAAAUGAAACGGCAAUUUGGUACUGUGUUAUUCUAGUGGGAAGAUCAAGCCCAGAACUCAACACAAUGUGUGCAACUCUGCGCAGGAUCCAAGAAGCACUGUCCACAGUUGAUAACGAUCAGCCGUCGUCGCUAGUGGCUGUUGCACUGAAGGAAAAGCGGUUGACAUUUACCUGGCUUGAUGGGGAAGCCCAACAAUUGGGAUCACUAUUGGCAUUGGAAGAUUUUUGCCAAAGUGCCAGUAUCUUAAUCCAAAUGGUGGCCUAAGUUGGAAAAGGUGGUCAGUGAUUAUUGCUGUUAUAAAUUCUGAUAGUGUUAUACUGCCAUAAAAUGAUGUGAAAUUAUUUACAUUACAAAUCAUUCAAUCUAAUAGCAGGAUAAAUUUUGAAGCAUUAAAUGCUAAAACCACAUGUGACCUUU